GAGGUUAUCUAUUGCGAUAUAAAGAAGUCAUGGUUAUUCGUAUCGAGCAUUCCUACAAGUUACUGGCACAGUGAAUAAAAGUAGUCAAAUAUAGGUUCAGUUAAAUAUCAAAUAUGAAGUUGUUAUUUUUAGUCAUUUGGUUAAUUUCUGUAGACGUAACACCGAGUUUGACUCGUAAUGCGUUCGCUAUCGAUGAAAGUUGGGUGUGCAGCGUGAAGAAGUCGUGCGUAGAAUGUUUACGUUUAAGUCAGUGCUCGUGGUGUCCAACUGAUAAUAAAUGUUUCUCAAUGAAACUGCCUAUUUUUAAUGAUUUUUGCACUGAUAGCGCUAUAGAACACAAAGAUUUUGGUUUUAGUUUGGAAGAUAAUGCAAUAUGCGCUUGCUCCAAAUCCAGUGAAAUAGAGUUAGAACAGAAUUGUUAUCCACCGGGUAUAUCAGAAGGCGUCGAAUGUUCUGGACGUGGAGAAUGCGUAUGCGGACGCUGUGUCUGCGACCCCACUCCUGAUUUUGAACAUCCCACAAAGAUGAUUUUAGGAGAAUAUUGUGAGUUCGACAAUUUCUCGUGCGAUGGACCCAGGUGUAAUGAAGGACCUUACUCACUGGCACAGUCUGGGAGUGAUGACGAAGACAGUCCUGAUGACGUGGACACUGAAAUCGAAGAUGAAACGUUUACUAUGCAAUAAGUAAAAGCGCGCUCGAGCGAAGGAGCCGUGCCUCAAUUAAGGAAUUGAUAUAAGCUGGGCGCCUGCCGCGGAUGGCUCAUCGCUCUCAAGUGCCUGCCCGUUAUGGUUACGCGAAAUUAGAUUUCAACGAGUCUAUUUUCUCCACAACUUCACCUUUUAUUUCCUCAAGAUCCAUCGAGAACAUCUUUCACGCUAUCGCGUUCUAAUCGAUGCCAGAUGUCAUGAGUGGGCGGCGCUUGUUGUGGCUAGCGACAAAUAAUAUCUAGCUGAAUGUUAUACAUAAACAUAAUAGUUUGAUAAAAUCAAAAAAUCAAGUGGUACCAAAUAUGAAACUUUUUUGUUAUAGGUAAUUUCAUUUAGAAGGGGCAAAAUGUAGGAAAUCAAAUGGUUAGUGCCGGAUAUUGUUUAAAACAAUAUAAAUCAGAUACCUCAGUACCGAAAUAUUCGAAA